AUGGAGCCCAAAGGAGGGAAACUUCCUGCGUGCAUCUCUCUUACUCGCCUUUCUCCUCUUUUCUCUCCUCCAUCCUCUCUCUCGUCUCCUCUCCCACCUAACUUUCCUCUUCUCUCCACUCUUUCGUCUCUCUUUCCACUUCUCUAUCUUUGCUCUUCUCUCCCCUCUCUCCUUUAUCCCUCUCCUCUCCUCUAUUUCCUCUCGUCUUUCCUUGCUCCUCUCCCUCCUCUCUCUCAUUUCCUCUUUCCUCUUCGCUCCUCUUACCUUGCUCCUCCUUCCUCUCCUCUCCCUCCUCUCUCCCUCCUCUCUCCCCCCUCUCUCCCUCCUCUCUCCCCCCUCUCUCCCCCUCUCUCCCUCCUCUCUCCCUCCUCUCUCCCCCUCUCUCCCUCCUCUCUCCCUCCUCUCUCCCCCCUCUCUCCCUCCUCUCUCCCCCUCUCUCCCCCCUCUCUCCCUCCUCUCUUCCCUCCUCUCUCCUCCUCUCUCCCCUCCUCUAUCUCUCCUCUCUCCUCCUCUCUCUCCCCUCUCUCCCUCCUCUCUCUCUCCUCUCUCUCCUCUCUCCCUCCCUCCUCUCUCCCCCUCUCUCCCUCCUCUCUCCCCUCCUCUCCUCCCUCCUCUCCCCUCCUCUCUCCCUCCUCUCUCCCCCCUCUCUCCCUCCUCUCUCCCCCCUCUCUCCCUCCUCUCUCCCCCCUCUCCCUCCUCUCCUCCUCCCUCCUCUCCCCCUCUCUCCCUCCUCUCUCCCCUCUCUCUCCCUCCUCUCUCCCCCCUCUCUCCCUCCUCUCUCCCCCCUCUCUCCCCCCUCUCUCCCUCCUCUCUCCCCCCUCUCUCCCUCCUCUCUCCCUCCUCUCUCCCCCCUCUCUCCCUCCUCUCUCCCCCCUCUCUCACUCCUUUCUCCCUCCUCUCUCCCUCCUCUCUCCCCUCUCUCCCCCCUCUCUCCCCCCUCUCUCCCUCCUCUCUCCCUCCUCUCUCCCCCCUCUCUCCCUCCUCUCUCCCUCCUCUCUCCCCCCUCUCUCCCUCCUCUCUCCCUCCUCUCUCCCCCCUCUCUCCCUCCUCUCUCCCCCUCUCUCCCUCCUCUCUCCCUCCUCUCUCCCCCCUCUCUCCCCCCUCUCUCCCUCCUCUCUCCCCCCUCUCUCCCUCCUCUCUCUCCUCUCUCCCUCCUCUCUCCCUCCUCUCUCCCUCCUCUCUCCCCCUCUCUCCUGUGUUUUGAAGGCAGUGAGCAGGACUUGUCUCCCCUCAUUAGCGCCUCCUCGUCAGGAACAGCCUCUUCCACUUAACGACUCAAAGCGAGAUCAGCUCUGA